UAUCGGCCAUAAUGCUAGACGUAUUUUAGUCGUAGGACUAUUUGGUGUCAUUUUUGUUCAUUUGUUUACGUGUUUGUUCUUAAAGCGAAGUGUGAUUCAAUAAAAGUGUUUGUGUGUAUACAAUAUUGGAUUUAUCAUAUGAACUAAAGAAAUGCUAAUAAAUAGAGGGUGAUGCGAGAUGGUGGCAUGGCUGUUACUGCUCAUCGCCGCGGUGGUGGCGGCCGACCAACAGAUGAGCCUUUUCGACUUCGGAAAUAAUUACUGGAGCGGUCCGGAGCGAGGCUGCAACGUCGAGGAGGGCGCGGGUCAGAUAAUCCUCAGCUGUACUUUGCCGAGCGGCAACCUGACGGUGUACGUGGACAGAUCAGCGGCCACGUUAAAGAUUAUCUGCGAAAAGGCCAGCACGCUCGUUUGCGACGAAGUACAAGAAGCGAAACAAUACAUAGACAAGUAUAUAGUGAAUAAUGUAAAGGACAGGGACAGGCAGCUCAGCUUUAUGAGCAUAGAGGCGUGUGGUCUGUCCCCCGAGAGUCUCGCGUGUCCUCUGAGUGUAGUCGGCGCUAGUGGUACGUCGCUGAUAAAGCUCCAAGACGUUGGGGAGGAGUUGGAACCGAUCCAUGUGGAGGGCUUGAAGUCGGUCAAGUUCAGGAUGUACGGCGUCGACAAAAACAUAACAGAAGUUCCAUACAAGGCCUUAUCACUUCUACCGACGCUUAGGAGUUUCUCUAUGAAGGGGGGAUCGCUGAUACUCAAACCGGAUCAAGAAGAAGAUGUUCUACCAGAAUUGGUGGUCUUGGAACUAGCCGAUGGGAAUCUAAGGUUCUUACCGAAGGGAGCGUUUAAAAACACGCCGAGCGUUCAAACGCUCUUGCUGUGGGGUAACAAAAUUGAAGCUGUCGAUGUGGGUGCUUUCGAGGGUCUCACUCAACUAGUGAAUCUCAGUUUGAACGUGAAUCUCAUAUCCCACCUCCCGGGGGGGCUGUUCCGGCACUCGCCGCACAUCGGCCGAAUCGACUUGUACGUGAACAGGUUGCUCGGCUUGUCGGAGGGACUGUUCAGCGGCCUGCAGGAAUUAAAAGAGAUUUUAAUAUUCGACAACAAUGCAACACUGAAACUAGAAAACCGGACGUUUUCCAAUCUUCCCUCCCUCUAUAACUUGAAACUCGAGAAGAGUUCCAUCGAAACGGUACCAGCCGACCUGUUCCUAAACACGACGAAUCUAAAAAAAAUAUCUUUGAAAGGGAAUAAAAUCAAAGUGUUGCCGAAUGGAAUAUUCUCGAAGCAAAAGUUGAAUUUGUUGAACUUGAGUAAUAAUUCUAUCAGCGAACUUCCGGUGGAUGUUUUCGAUGAGCAAGAUUCGUUGGUGAACUUGGAGUUGCAGCGGAAUGUCUUAGAAAGUUUGCCCGAUGGGCUAUUCUCUAAUCUUAAAAGCUUGAAAAAGUUGGAUCUCGCCGAUAAUUCUCUGAAGAAUUUGUCCAAGUCUGUGUUCCAUGGGCUGACCAGCCUGACGGAGCUGUCUCUAGCCGGGAAUCGAAUCGAGUACUUAAAUCACGCUGUGUUUGAAUUUACACUCUCUCUAGAGACGCUAUCGUUCGCGCGCAACAAUAUAACGAUAUCGAAAGAGGAGAACAGCCUGGCGCUGUUCUCGCAGUCGGCGUACGCGCUCGCGGUGUUCGACUCCCCGUUCCGCCACCUCGCGCUGCUGCGGCGCCUCGACCUGAGCCGCAACCGCGUGGCGCUCGUGUGCGACGACUGGCUCCGGAUGUUCAACUUGGUCGAGCUGGACCUCUCUUAUAACAACUUCGCUUCGCUGACGGACGUGGAUAUGGAUUUCUCAACAAACGUGACCGUUGACUUCAGACACAACAACAUACAACAUUUCCAGCCGAAUGUCGAUAUACCGAACACGGCCGUGCCGACAUUUCUGAUGGACUACAAUCCUUUCCGAUGCGAUUGCAAGCUAUACGAUUUUAUAAGAAACUAUAAAAGCGGACGAAAAAUGAAUAUAAAAAUUAACAAGUCGCAGUGCUCUCGACCGACGGCGCUAGAGGGGGUUAAGUUGACGGAUUUGAAGCCGGAAGUCUUAACGUGCGAAGUGGAUUGCUCCACCGGUUAUUUCAUAACACGAACUAAUCGUCCAACUAAUUCAAGCGCCAACUGUGACUCGUGCACGAUACGUCCGGACAAAUCUCGCCUCGAAAUGUCCUGCAAUGGGCUGCCGGAUGUCUACCCCCCACUCCCACCCGGGACGAAUUCUACGUACAUAAAACUGAAACGUGUAACAGAUAUACCGAUGCUGCCGCAACGUGUGACGACGAUCGAUCUGUCGUCCCUGAGUCUCAGCCGACCGCCGACAGCGACGUCGGUCGAACUAAAUCUGACCGACAACGAGUUGACCGCGGCGCCGAUCGAUCUGCUCGAACGUAAUUGUACUCUGCACCUGAAGGAUAAUCCCUUCGAUUGUUCCUGCGAGGAGAAAAGCAACGUCGUCGUAUUGAAUAUGUACAAGGCGCGGAUUCCCGAUUAUGAGUUUGUAACUUGUUCGAACAAAGUUCUCGUAAGGAAUAUAGUCGUCGAACAGCUGUGCGCCGCGAGGGACGCGACCGUCGUGGGCUGCUCGCUGGCGGUCGGAGGACUGUUGCUGGCCGUCUGCACGGCGAUCGCCUAUAGGUACUCGACGGAAAUCCGGAUCCUGCUAAGGAAGUACGGGCUCUACUGCGCGAAAGAGACGGACGGCGAACUUUACGACGCGUUCGUCUCGUUCGCACACCAGGAUGAAGAUUUCGUCAUGAAACGACUCCUGCCGAAGCUGGAGAGCGGUCGGCCGGCGCUGCGUCUCUGCGUGCACUCCAGGGACUGGGUCGUCGGCGACUGGAUACCGGCGCAGAUCGCGCGGUCGGUCGAGCAGUCGCGCUACACGAUCAUCGUGCUGUCGCGGCACUUCGCGCGCUCCGUGUGGGCGCGGAUGGAGUUCCGCGCGGCGCACGGGCGGCAGCGCGCCAUCGUGCUGCUGCUGGGCGACCUGGCGGACGACCGCUCGCUCGACCCGGAGCUGCGCGCCUACGUGACCAUGAACACGUACGUGCGCGCCGACGACCCGCUGGUCUGGGAUCGCUUGAAAGACGCCGUCCUCAAUAGACGGAAGCGGAUCGGCGAGGAUUCGUCCAAGCUGAGCAAGUUAGUGCCCAAAGGACUCGACGUGCAGCUCGAAAACGGAAAAUUGGUAAAUAAAGCGCUCACGGUGCCCUCCGUCUGACCGAAGUUGCGAACGAUCCCGCCGCUGAAAUUUUAAGAGAAUAUUUUGAUCGUGUGAUGACGAUGCGUUUGUUUCGUUCUGUUUCAAUGUGCCUUAGAAAUAUCCUCUUAUGGGUAUUUUUUACGAUAAGCAAUAAGAAUGAUCUGUUUCUAAUAGAUAUUACAAUAUUAUAUAGCUUUAAUGACUGUCUCGAAUGACGAAUGCUCAGCUGUAAGAUUUAUAUUAAAUAUAAUAACAUUUUAUUAUACAGACAGCUGCAAGCGAUGCUCGAUUUAUAGAUCGAUUGCGAUCGCUUUAGUCAAUAAGUUUCUUAAUUUUGGUGUUAGCUGCUAUGUUAUUUAAAAUAUCUAGUACUUUACUAAGUAGCCCUGAUAUUUUAUGCACUGCAAGCAGUUCUUGAUUCAUAUAUAUUUGCAAUACAUUCUUCCACUUAUAUAGUCCUCCGGACCGAUUGCGGCCACGGCGGCUCAAGAGAUUAGCCAACUGCGCAGGAGAUAUUAUAGUGCACAAGUGUGUGCGCAAACACCAAUGCACUCUCUAUUCCCUGACUCUCAUAAUCCGAUGGGACGGCAAUCCGACAUGACCGGAAAGACCAGCGGCUUUACGUGCUUUCCGAGGCACGGGAGUGUACACACUUCCAACUACCAGACUCCGGGCUGCUACUGAGAAUUUUCUGACGGAAAAACGAUAAGCUUUUAGCGUUUUUUUGUAAUUAGUAAAUCGGACUUUCACCAUCGUUGUACUUUCCUACAUUAAUGAUGACCGCGAUUAUAAAUAGGUGAUUAUGAGUUGGAUUUUAAAACGAGAUUAUUUUUUUUAAUUGAAGUUAUCUUUUGCCUUCAAGGAGAAUCUUAUGUAAGGUGGUGGAUACACAUGGGAUUUCUAUCCGACACGCGCUGGUUUUAAAACUGGAAUAUCAAUUCCAUUAUCUCAAUAUCGAAUUUCAUAUAAGUCGAGAUGGCCCAGUGGUACGAACGCGUUAAUCUUAACCGAUGAACGUGGGUUCGAACCCGGGCAAGCACCUCUGAAUUUUCAUGUGCUUAAUUUCUAUUUAUAAUUCAUCUCGUGCUUUUCGGUGAAGGAAAACAUCGUGAGGAAACCUGCAUGUGUCUAAUUUCAUCGAAAUUCUGCCACAUGUGUUAAGUGAAAUUCCACCAACCCGCAUUGGAGCAGCGUGGUGGAAUAAGCUCCAAACCUUCGCCUCAAAUAACUGAUAUACAAAUACUUACUUUAUAGCUGUUCUUACAGCUUUUAUGUAUAUGAAGUCAAACUCCUUAGUCGUCGAUUAGCCCUACAAGGCUCCGGCCCAGGGUCAGUUAAUAAAAUAAUACAAUUUUUAAAUGUCAAGUAAAUUUCGUCACAAGAAAGAGAAGAAAGAUAUAAAGUGACAACGUAAAGAGAAAGAGAGCUGUAUAUCUGAAGAAGUUUCACUCGUAGCACGUGAACAGCAAUACACGUGCAAUAAUUUUUUUUAUUGUAAAUUGAUUUACGAAUCUUUACUAUAUUGGUGAUUUUACUAAAUGUGUGAAUGUAAAUGGAACUAGCUUAUAACAAAUCUAGCCGGAAUGUAAACGAGAAAUUAUCACGCUUUAUUAUAUAAAAUUUCUCGUUUAGUAGCAAAAACUUUGUUCACAAUUUUUCGACAGCUUAGAAUUUCUCCAGAUUUGUCAUAAACCAGCUACUCAAUCUCACGAUAACGCACACGCGAUUGUCAAUUUCGAUGAAAUUUAUAAAAUCUAUAAUACAACUACAGACUAUACACGGUGCACGUAGUCACAGAAUUAUGUUUUUAAAACUUUGUCGACUCAAAGUCGAUUUUAUGUGUAUUGGUAUAUAUGUAUGCCGUGCCAAUCGAUUUUAUAAUCUUUACAUGGAAAAUAAUAAAAUUUAUUUUGAUAAA